AUGCAUAUGGAUCUCUAUUAUGCUUGCGGUGGAAAAUGGGAUACCGUAGUACCACAAUGCGAUAUCACACCCGCAGAGCUUACAUCCUUCCUGGAGUAUGCUGCUAUGUUUCUUUGCAACCUAGGGAACUAUCAUGGCGAAGGUGAUCAAAAGUUUGUACCUGAUUUGAAUGCGGAGACCCUUCGAAAGAUCGUUACUAUAUCCUCAAAAGCACAACAAGAACGCGCAAUCGAGCUACGACACCGGCACAGAACUUAUUUCCCCAGAAGAGAUCGCCAAUGUAUCGGAGACGAUGCAGACAAACUCUAUCACUUAUUAAAAGCUUCCACGGAGACUAUUGUACCUGUAGAUGGGCUACGUGAACUCUCUGAUGGCAUAUUUAUUGUUAACGGUGAUCAUUCGGAAGAAUUAUCAAAGAUAUGCUCCGCUUUGAUCAAGGCGAAAGAGUAUGCAGGUAACAGAACGCAGACUCGAUUCCUAACGUCCUAUAUCGAAUGUUUUCGCACUGGUAGCUUAGAAGCUUUUCAAAAGUCUCAGAAAGAUUGGGUAACAGAGUUAUCUGCAAGAGAAGAGAAUAUAAUUGGUUUCAUUGAGCCUUAUCGUGAUCCAGCUGGAAUUAGAUCAGAGUGGGAGGCUAUGAUAGGGAUUGCCGAUCUCGAUGAGAAAUCGAAAUUGAAACUCUUUGUCGAAAGUUCAAAAGUUAUCAUUAGACAACUUCCAUGGGCUCUUGUAAGGUCGCUCGCUGUAUGCGGUAGUAUCAUCUUCGAAGCCGCCAACCUUCCAAAUUACGAAUAUAUCAGGGAAACCUGUGGUUUCAAGAAUAUUGUUCUUGCCAACCGUCUAAGUGUUAACAACAACCAAAACUCCGUGCCACUGGGUCAAACAAUCAGAACUAAAUAUUUUUAA